CGCAAUGUUUCGCUUUUUAUAUUGAUGUCUGUUUAAGGAAUUUGUAAAUUAUAAUAAAUUGUAUCAAUAUUUUAAAGAAGGGUAUCGGUUUGGUGUAAAUCUAAUUGUUUUACUGUUUGCAUUAAAAUAGGGGUAAUAUGUAUAUUGUGACAGGAGCGAAUUUAUUCGGUCAGUGGUUUUCUUGGACAAAAAAUAUUAGUUUUUAUGAUAAAUUUGAAAUAAUUCAUCCUGAAAUUGAAAGUAAAUUUGAUUUUAAAAAAGCGAAACUAAUCACUUCAUGCUGGUCGUAUAAUAUAUUCGAUAUUGAUAACAUAUUUUAUAUUGCUGGAUCAUGGCAUGGAAGAGACAAUCAGAUUGUUAAAAUACCAGUACCUGAAGAAAAGAAACAGAGUUGUAAGGCAUCAGGCCUUCUAAUUACCGGUAAUGAUUACAUGAUUAUAUUAGUAGAGGCAGUAACACGAUCUAUUUGGUUUUUUGACUUUGAAACAGAAGAUUUUAAAAAAGUAAAAUUUAACGAAGAACCAAUAUUGGAAAAUGCUGUAAAAAAAUCAAAAUUAACUGAUGACGUAAUAAAACUUGCAGCUACUAAUAAUACAUUUAUUUAUUUAACAUCUGAAGGAAAUGUUUAUACUGGACAGUUACCGAGUUAUGUAGACACACAUACAUGUGUAGGAAAAGCUUGUGACAUAGAAUGUGGAUAUGAACAUUACAUGUUACUUACAACUGAAGGCAGAGUAUACACUUGGGGAAAUGGAAGGAGACUCCAACUUGGACAUGGUGACUUAACCAAUUUGGAUUUACCAACUGAAGUUGAGGCAUUAGCUGGAAUAAAAAUAGUUAAAAUCAAGGCUGGAGGUUGGCACUCGCUGGCACUUAGUGAGUAUGGAGAUUUGUAUGCUUGGGGUUGGAAUGAUACUGGACAAUUGGGUAUGAAUAUAAAUAAGGAUGGAGAAGAAAAUUUAGAAAGAAAGGGACAAAAAAACUACGCCAUACCAAGACCCGUGGAUAUUUAUAAUGAUCAAGGUGAAGAAAUUGAGUUGAUUAUAAAAGACAUUGCUUGUGGAACAAGACAUUCAGCAAUUUUACUUGAAGAUAAUACUAUUUGGACUACCGGUUGUAAUAAAUAUGGACAGCUUGGAUUUUCUCCUAAGGAUUAUGAAAAAUUGGAAUAUUUUAAAAAGUCAUAUCAUAACCCCAAUAUUAUCAGUGUAAUCGGUGGACCUUGGAGUACUAUUGUCGAAAUUACUUAGAACCUCUAAUUAAGUUAAUAUUAAAUUAAUGGGAAGUUACCUGGUAGGCUUAAUUGUACUAAUGAUUGUCUAAUAGUCUCAUUUAGGAGAUGAUAAAUGAGAACUUAUGAAAGAUCUAUCACUGAUUCUUUUAAGGAUAAGAUGAAGAUUACAUCAAAAACAAAAUCCUAAAGAUAUAAAAUAAAAGAAUUCCACAUAAACUGAAAUUUGGUGAUUGAUAUUUAAUAUGUGUUUAAAAUUAACUAUUGUAGUGUUUUCUUAAUUGAAAAAAUACAUGUAUGUAUACA